AAGCAAAGGGUGAAUUUUCCCGUUUCCGAACUCUCUUCACUCUUCAGUUCUCAAAUCGGGAAAUUUCUCGUGUAAAAAUCCGCCGAAGAUAGGCCGCAGCUGCCGCCGCAAUGAUCAGCGUUCUGGCUCAGGAGCGACUACUUGGGGCCGCCCUGGGAACUGUAUUCAUGGGAGCUGUUAUCUUUCAGCAACACAGAAGCAUCCAUCAAUCCAUUUCUGAGACUCAAUCCCUAUUUUUCCCUCAAUAUCAGUUGAAAGGGCGAAUUUAUGACAAGCAACAAGGUCUUGAUCUUGCUCAUCUUUGGAACAAAGCUGUGGAUCAGACAUUUGGACCCGUCAUUGUAUCUCUUAGCUCAAAAGGAUGGUAGAGAUUCAGGGUUUAUUUUGCAACUACUUCAUUGAGGUUGCUAUUGUUUUCUAAAACUUUCUCAUUAUGAGAUUUACUGUACAAUUUACAUCAACACUGGGCGAUUGCCCCAGUUUUGCAACUUUAUGGCAGAUGAUGCUGUUUUAAGAUCCUGACACCAGAGCCACUAUUCAGUCUUUUGAAAGAUCUUGUCUACAUUGUAUUGCCAAAGUAAUUGACAUUUUCAUCCUGGGCAUUUCGUAAUUUUUCAUGUCUGGGAAUUUUUUUUUUUGUCACAUAAUGGCAAAUAAUGUAUACUACCUUAAAUUUCCAAUAUUUUCUGUUUAUAUUU